UCGUCAACGUCACAAGUAGGAAGUGGAUGCGGAAACACCAAACAGCAGGUAGUUUUCAGGCAGGACCACAUCCAUGGGCAGGACCUGUCUGUCACAAAUCACAGCUUCUCGGUCAAGAUGUUGAAGGCGGUUAUUUUAAUUGGAGGCCCUCAGAAAGGCACAAGGUUCAGGCCGCUGUCUUUUGAAGUUCCCAAACCCUUGUUUCCAGUAGCUGGUGUGUCCAUGCUGCAACAUCACAUUGAAGCAUGUGCCAAGGUACCGAAUAUGAAGGAGAUUUUGCUCAUCGGCUUUUAUCAACCGAAUGAAGAACUGACCAGAUUCCUGUUUAAUGCACAGCAGGAGUUCAAAAUUUCCAUCAGGUAUUUGCAGGAGUAUGCAGCCCUGGGCACCGGAGGGGGCAUCUAUCACUUCAGAGAUCAGAUUGUUUCUGGCAGUCCAGAAGCUUUCUUUGUCCUGAAUGCUGAUGUCUGCUCAGCAUUUCCUCUCGGAGAGAUGCUCAGCUUCCAGAAAGAACAUGGAGAACCAAACAGCUUUGUUAUCCUUGGGACAACGUCGAACAGAAAGCAAUCCAUGAAUUACGGCUGUAUUGUUGAAAACGAGGAAACAAAUGAGGUCUUGCAUUAUGUGGAAAAGCCGAGCACAUUUGUGAGUGACAUCAUAAACUGCGGUAUAUACCUCUUUAAGCCAGACAUCUUCCAGCAUAUCGGCACCGUCUUUCAGAAGAAUCAGCAGGACAUGUUGUUAUAUCCAUACGAUGGAGAGGAGCCAACCAACGGCUGGCACCGAGCAGAGGCGAUCAGACUGGAGCAGGACAUUUUCACUGCCCUGGCAGGACAGGGCAAACUCUACGUAUAUAAAACCCUCAGCUUCUGGAGCCAGAUUAAAUCCGCUGGGUCUGCAAUUUAUGCCAGUCGGUUGUACCUCAACCAGUAUCACACAACUCACCCCGAAAGACUGGCCUCAAAUAAGGAGGGAGGGCCCAAAAUAAGUGGUAAUGUCUAUAUCCAUCCUACAGCCAAUAUUGACCCCACUGCUAUGUUGGGUCCCAAUGUCUCGAUUGGCACUGGAGUGACUAUUGGUGCCGGGGUCAGAGUUCGAGAAUCCAUCAUCCUCCAUGGUGCAACUCUACAGGAUCACUGCUGUGUUUUGAACAGCAUUGUGGGAUGGGACAGCACCAUUGGCAAGUGGGCAAGAGUAGAAGGAACCCCAAGUGACCCAAACCCCAAUGAUCCCUACGCAAAGAUUGACAGCGAGACCCUCUUUAGAGAUGGAAAACUCACACCCUCAAUUACUAUUCUCGGUUGUAACGUGAACAUCCCCUCUGAGGUGAUUAUACUCAACUCUAUUGUCCUCCCGCACAAAGACCUCAACCGCAGCUUCAAGAACCAAAUUAUUCUCUAGUUAAUCUUCCUCACGCUUCUGUCCACUUGCUGUCACCGAUGAAGGAUGCAGCUGGACACACGCCGGCACUGCCUCUGAGUUAUUGUAUAUAAGGUGUCAAAUGAAGAUAUGGGACAUUCAUUAAAUAGUUUUGAAAGAUAGAUUUUUAUAUAUUUGUCCUCGAGCCUUUAUGCAUCAUUGGGUGUCAGCAACAUUAAAGAGAGGCUAAUCACGCAUGUUGAUUCACCUUGAAAAGUGCUGUCAUGCCAGAGGUUUGUAUUGUUUUUUAUUAACUUUACCGAACUGUAAAAUUAGUGUAGACACCAGUGUAAUAUAUUUGGUUGGAUGUAAUAUGAUGUAAAAAAAAAAAAAUAAUAAUAAUAAUUUAUAGACGACCACGCUGCGUUUCUCAAGGGCAUCCUUGACAAACUUGACUUGUUACUUCAGUGUGAGGAGAGGAAUUAUAAGAAAAUAAAAAUCACUGGCUGAA